GUUGGUACGUCCCGUUAAGAUAAAUUCAGAACAGGUGAGGUGCUUGUUGUGGGUCAGUGAAUGUCCUACUCCUCUGACCUCUAAUUAAAGAUGGGGGAGAGGUUGCAAAGUCAGAAAAGUUAUGUUUGCUCGUUCUUCGACUGUAGCGCUAAAUUCAGUAAGUCCUGGAAGCUUGAGGCUCAUCUGUGCAAACACACAGGAUUGAAACCAUUCUCAUGCGAGAGCUGUGACAAGAGCUUCUGCACUCGCUAUCAACUCACCAGACACGAGCUUAGUCACAGUGGAGAGAAACCACACAAGUGUUUGGCUGAUGGCUGCUCCGAGGCCUUUGUCACAAACACCAGCAUGAAGAACCACAUGGCUCGUGUUCAUCAACACCAGGAGAAGCGAUAUCAAUGUGACUAUAAGGGCUGUGGGAAGGAUUUCAGCAAGAAGAACCAGCUUAAAAGCCACAAGGUCGAGCAUGGUCAGCUUCCGCCUUUUCACUGUGUUUUCGAUGGAUGCUCCAAAGAAUUUCUCACUCAUGGGAAGCUGAAGCAGCAUGAGAAAAUACAUAAAGGUUACCCUUGUAAAGAAGAGGCGUGUCCUUUCCAGGGAAAGACGUGGACAGAAUAUUUGAAGCACAGAAAAGAACACACAGGCAAGGUGCCGUGUGCAGAGUGCAAGAAGCAGUUUAACAACACCUGGUUCUUGCGCCAGCACGAGCUGCAUGUUCACUCUGGGGAGAAGAGGAUGCUGUUGUGCCCCAGAGACGGCUGUGACAAAAAAUUCACCCGUCGCUUUCACUUGGAAAGUCACGUCCUCGGUGACCAUGAUGGGAAGAAGCCUUUCAGCUGUGCCGUUGCUGGCUGUGGGAAGAGCUUUGCCAUGAAGGAAAGCCUGUGGCGACAUGGAGCGGUGCAUGACCCCGCAAAGAAAAAGCUGAAGAAACAGCCUCCUAAAAAGAACCAGCCCGGUCAGACUGCACAGCAGGUCAGACUGCCAGCUGCAGCCAAUGUGACAGACGCCAACAAGCUUGCUGCAAAGCUGAGAAAUACAACGUUAGUGGAUAAGAGAUCUUGAGGCUACAUUAUACAAAAGGUCUGGUUGUGAUAUCAUUUAAAAAUGAAGUUUUUUUUGUUUAAAGCGAAUAUAAAAAUAAAGCCUCAUUAAUACAGCACUA